GGGGCAGUCGCUCCGGACACGAGAGAUUUAACUCCUCAUACAUCGCGAUUUCUCAUGCAAACCUCCGACGCUGUUCUCGUUCUCCGAAUCGCCGCUUUGGAAUGGUGGUCAGAAGAUUAUCUGCUCUGUUGAGAGCGUGCACCUCGUUGACUCGGGGCAGAGUCAUCCAUCAGAAGAUAAUAUCUCUGGGCCUCCGUAACAACCCCGCCCUGUGCAAAGACCUCGUGAACUUCUACUUCUCCUGCCGUUCGUGCCACGCCGCGAGGCUCGUGUUCCGCACCGCCCAGGUCUCGUCGUCGGACGUCUCGGUUUGGAAUUGCCUCGUGGCCGCUUUCGCCAAGAGCUGCAUGUUCUCUGAAGCCCUCGAGCUUUUUCGAGAGUUGCUGGCCGACCCAUUUGUGGAACCGGACGUUUAUACGUACCCAAAUGUCUUGAAGGCGUGUGGCGGUUUGGGGAGAGCUGGCUACGGCGAAAUGAUCCAUUGCGGGUUGCUGAAGACUGGGUUUGUUUUGGAUGUGGUCGUUGCGAGCUCUGCUGUGAGCAUGUACGCGAAAUGCAACAUGUUUCGACAGGCCACCCGGCUGUUCGAUGAAAUGGCGGAGAGAGAUGUGGUGUGUUGGAAUGCUGUCAUUUCUUGUUAUUAUCAAGAUGGGCAGGCGGAGAAGGCUUUGGAAUAUUUCGAGAGAAUGAAAGAUGCUGGGUUUGAGCCCAAUUCAGUGACUCUGACUACUGCCAUCAGUUCAUGUGCUCGGCUUCUGGACCUAGAGAGAGGGAAGAAGAUUCAUGAGGAGUUGGUUAAAAGUAGAUUUAAACUCGACGGUUUUGUCUGCUCUGCUCUUGUCGACAUGUACGGCAAAUGUGGAUGCUUAGAGAUCGCUAGAGAGAUAUUUGAACAAAUUCCACAGAAGAAUGUGGUUGCCUGGAAUGCAAUGAUCACGGGAUUUAGUCUAAAGGGUGAUAGUGGAUCGUGUAUUGAACUCUUUAAAAGGAUGAACGAAGGAGGAGUUAAAGCAUCAUUGACUACCUUAAGCAGUGUGCUUGCAGCUUGUUCAAGGUCAGCCCACCUGCUGCAUGGAAGGUUCAUGCAUGGUUAUAUAAUCAGAAGUGAAAUUGAGGUUGAUAUCUUUGUCACCUGUUCACUCAUUGAUUUUUAUUUUAAUUGUGGAAGGGUUACAUUGGCAGAAAAUGUAUUUAGGGAUAUGGAAAAGAAAAAUAUUAUCUCUUGGAAUGUUAUGAUUUCCGGAUAUCUGAAGGUAGGCAAUUACUUUGAGGCUCUUUGCAUGUUUGAUGAAAUGAAAACAGCUUGUGUUGCACCAGAUGCUGUCACUUUCACUAGCAUUCUGUCGGUUUGUUCCCAGCUGGCAAGCUUGGAAAAAGGUAAGGAGAUCCACAAUUCUGUAAUGGAGAGUAAGUAUAGCAAAAAUGAAAUUGUCAUGGGAGCGCUUCUUGAUAUGUAUGCUAAAUGCGGUGCUGUGGAUGAAGCAAUUCAAGUUUUCAAGCAGUUACCAAAGAGGGAUCUGAUGUCAUGGACUUCUAUGAUCACUGCUUAUGGGUCCCAUGGUCAAGCUUUCGAAGCUCUGAAUCUUUUUGCUAAAAUGAGGCAAUCCAACAUUGAGCCAGAUCAGGUUACUUUCCUGGCAGUAUUAUCAGCUUGUAGCCAUGCUGGACUGGUUGAUCAAGGUUGUUACUAUUUUGACGAGAUGAUCAAUGUGCAUCGUAUUAAACCUGGCAUUGAACAUUAUGCUUGUCUGAUAGAUCUCCUUGGACGUGCUGGAAGAUUACAUGAAGCUUACAGAUUUCUGCAAAGAGCCCCGGAAGUUUCUGGAAAUCUUGAAUUGUUAAGCACUCUAUUCUCAGGAUGCUGUUUGCACAAAGAUCUAGAAUUAGGAGAGGAAAUUGCAAAUGCUGUUGCUAAAACCAAUCCAGAUGAAUCGUUCAGUUAUAUAAUGUUGUCAAACUUAUAUGCUUCUGCCAAGAGAUGGGAUAAAGUACGCGAGGUGAGAUCAAAAAUGAAAGAACUGGGAUUGAAGAAGAAUCCUGGAUGUAGCUGGAUUGAGAUUGACCAGAAGAUUCAAUCUUUCUUUGUAGGCGAUAAGUCACUCCCACUGGCUGAAAAGGUGUACGACUGUCUCAUGCUUCUCAGUAGUCAAAUGGAAAAGGAUGAAUUGGCUCCAUCAUGAGAUAUUCCACACAGAACCUGUGAAGAAUCUGACUUCUAAUUGUGCAUGUUAAAACAAGACUUAGUGGACAAUUACUCCCAUUCCUCCUGUUCGAAGACUUGGUGGUAGAUCAAGGAGGGUAUCCAAGUUUUCAUCACAAUUUAUAACGAACUGGAGCAAAUACACUAAGGAGAUUGUCUCGGCAGUGCUUACAGUUAUUCUUCUGGUUACACUAAUAUCUGCCUUUCCAGAAGGACAAUUAACAACAGCAGCAUUGUGGAUAAAUUAUGCUGCGAUAUAGGACAACCAAGGGAAAAUAUUCUUAUUAUCAUGAGAGGCUACAAGUGGUUUUUUUUUUUUUGGAGACUGUCGUGCCUAAAUGUGAGAGCUUCCACUGCAAAUUGCUUGGGGAGAAUUAAGACUGCAAGGAAAAUUGAAGAAACUUGAAUAAUACUUUGUACAGCAGUAAGUUUCUCAGAAUGAGUUCUAACCAUGCGGAAAACACUGGUUGCCAACUGGAUUUGAUUUUGUGGGCAAGCUCUUUAGAACUGCUCUUGAAGAUAAAAUUAACAGGGUAUUUGUAGAGAAAAUACUAUUCUACAAAAUGCUUAAGAAUAUUUCAAUAGCUUCUGAAUCCUGUUCCAAGAAAAAAUCAUAGUUUUCCUCCUUUCGCAUCAUUGUGUUGUUUGCAUCAAUAUAAAGGAAGAAGUGUGUUGUAAAAGAAUUUCAUUCUCUGUUCCAUUGCUUUAAGAUUUAUCUGCCUCUGAACUUGAAACAGUACAAAACAGCUUCUUAACUUGCUGCAGUCCUGAAAAAA